AGGCCCCUCCCUGCGGAGCGGCGGGUCCAGGCGGGGAUGUGACGGCGGGCGCCGCGGGCCUGCCUGGCGCGUCGUGUCCGCUCCGGUGUCCUCGCCCCAGCCCGCACCAUGGCAGGGUCCGGCUGCGCCUGGGGCGCCGAGCCGCCGCGCUUCCUGGAGGCCUUCGGGCGGCUGUGGCAGGUACAGAGCCGCCUGGGCAGCGGCUCCUCGGCCUCGGUGUAUCGGGUACGCUGCUGCGGCACCCCGGGCUCGCCCCCCGGCGCCCUCAAGCAGUUCCUGCCUCCGGGAACCACCGGUGCUGCGGCCUCGGCCGCGGAGUAUGGUUUCCGGAAAGAGAGGGCGGCGCUGGAGCAGUUACAGGGUCACAGGAACAUCGUGACUUUAUAUGGAGUCUUUACCAUACACUUCUCCCCAAAUGUGCCGUCACGCUGUCUGUUGCUUGAACUCCUGGAUGUCAGUGUUUCGGAGCUCCUUUUAUAUUCCAGUCACCAGGGCUGCUCCAUGUGGAUGAUACAGCACUGUGCCAGGGAUGUUCUGGAGGCACUUGCUUUUCUUCAUCAUGAGGGCUAUGUCCACGCAGACCUCAAACCACGAAACAUACUGUGGAGUGCAGAGAACGAGUGCUUUAAGCUUAUUGACUUUGGACUCAGCUUCAAAGAAGGCAAUCAGGAUGUAAAGUACAUUCAGACAGACGGGUACCGAGCUCCUGAAGCAGAACUGCAGAACUGCUUGGCCCAGGCUGGCCUGCAGAGUGACACAGAGUGCACCUCAGCUGUGGAUCUGUGGAGCCUCGGAAUCAUUUUACUGGAAAUGUUCUCAGGAAUGAAACUGAAACAUACAGUCAGAUCUCAGGAAUGGAAGGCAAACAGUUCUGCUAUUAUUGAUCACAUAUUUGCCAGUAAAGCAGUGGUGAAUGCCGCAAUUCCAGCCUAUCACCUCAGAGACCUUAUCAAAAGCAUGCUUCAUGAUGACCCAAGCAGAAGGAUCCCUGCUGAGAUGGCGUUGUGCAGCCCGUUCUUUAGCAUUCCUUUUGCCCCUCAUAUUGAAGACCUGGUGAUGCUUCCAACUCCAGUGCUCAGGCUCCUCAAUGUGCUGGAUGACGAUUAUCUCGAGAAUGAAGAUGAGUAUGAAGAUGUUGUAGAAGAUGUGAAAGAGGAGUGUCAGAAGUACGGACCAGUGGUUUCUCUGCUUGUUCCAAAGGAAAAUCCUGGCAGAGGACAAGUCUUUGUUGAGUACGCAAAUGCUGGCGAUUCCAAAGCUGCUCAGAAGUUGCUGACUGGAAGGAUGUUUGACGGGAAGUUUGUUGUGGCUACAUUCUACCCGCUGAGUGCCUACAAGAGGGGAUACCUAUAUCAAACCUUGCUUUAAUCAGUAACCUAAGAACUAUUUCCUGUUUCUCCUCUUCCAUUUCUUGGAUUAUUAUAUUCCACAGCUGAAUGCAGGAGCGCCCCUUUACCCAUUUUAAAGGGUACCUUGUACAUUUAUUUAAUCCUACUAAUGUGCAGCCAUUGCCCAAACAGUGACUGCAUUGCAAACAUUGGCACUGAGUAGGACAAGACCUCUCAGCUAUACAUUGAGGGGAUUAGCGCACCCAUGUGGGCACCCUUUAUUUGUGCAGUAGGGCAGGUGCUGCUCUUUAUUAUGUAACCUAAAAAGAUGUCAUUUCAUGUGGUGAUGAAGCAAAGACGAGUAAUUUGUCAUAGUGAAAAUUAUUAACAAAUUUGUUAGGGUUGGUGACAUCACAGUGUUUGUAUUGUCAGGUGUGUCCCCUUGUUAUUCUAGCUGGCACUGGAUGCUCAAUAAUGUUAAGUCAUUGUCAAGCAGCAGUUACCUACCAUGUUCUUAACAAUGAGUUGUGAAUUUUUCUAAAGGAGUACUGUAGGAUUUAAUAUUCCUCUGAAGAAACUGCAGUGAGCCUGUCAGUGUUUUUUAAAAUUACUAUUAAGGCUUUUAAAAUAGAAAGCGGAUGCUUGAUCUUGCACAAUUUUUAUGUCUAGUUUGUAUGCUUGAGUGGGUGUGUGGGUGUAAAAGAGUAGAGAAAUGUGAGUCAGUGUACUCUAUAGUGUGAGUCUUGUGAGCUAAUACAGUCUAUCAUUUCUUCCUACCUGUUUCCCACUUGAGAGACUUGGGGUCUAGGUUUCUUGAAAGUUGGUCUGACUGAUAGAAUGUAAAUAGCAAAACAGUUCAUUCCUGUAAAGUGCGGAACAAAUGGAGGCUUAGACCAGCGUUGCAUUACAACUCUUCAAAGUGACUGGAACAAAGAAAGUUUGGGUACGUGUAAAUUAUCCUGUUCAUCACUCCACAUUAGACCCAAGAUGGGCUCUUCUGCUUUGUACUGAACCUCUUGUGAUAAUUGUAAAGUUUCUCCGGAUGUGAUUCUUUCUGUUAUAAUGGAAAAUAGAAAUGGAUCAGAAAAAAGUUAGAUGUACAGUAAAGGGAAAAGUACAAAGAAUGUAGCUAAUCAUGGAUCCUUUCCUCCUCUCUGCGUCCUCCCUGCUGCCCUGCCACCUUCAGCACCUUUCUCCUUUGUCUCUGUCUGCAGCUAGAGGGCAGUGUCCCAAGUCAUCUGGCUUUUGACUAUAAGGGAGUAAAAGAAGGUUGGGGUGUUAUAAGGUGGAAGGAGAAAGGAAGAAACACUCAAUUUCUAAAAGAGCCGUAGUAGUCUAACAUGUCCUUGAUAGAGGUGCCUGUUGUCAUGAGUGUGGGCACUGGCUGACUGUGACUUGAGUAUCUUGAGUGUGAAUUCUUACUCUACAGGAGAUUGCCUUGAAAGGUGCAAACUUACGAAACCAUUGUAAAGCACUGAUUAUACAAGACAACCCAUAAUUGUACACUUGGUAUGAAGUUUUUCCUAUCUCCUUACCUGAAUGAAAGUUUUAUUUAUUUAUUUUUCUUUAGGAAAGAGUGUUUGUUUCCUUCCCUGCUGGCAGCCUGCUAAUAUAGUCUCUUGUCCAUGCUAUACAAGUUCCUGCAAACUGUAUUAAAAUUUACAUUUUAUAGAGGAUGAAUUAUUUCACCCUAUUCAAACAUUUAUUGUCCACAUUUUUUAGUAUAAUCAAAUUGCUCAGAGCUCCUUCUUAAGAAGUUUAAUUUGGUAAAAGGGAAUUUAAUACUGAUGAAUUACCUACUGCUCUAAUGCCAUGGUCCCUGUUGUGUGCCCUUAGGAAGAAUGCUCUUUCAGGGGUUCAUUGGGUGGUUGGUUUUCAAGUCAAAAUUGAGGAGCACAGAGUCAGUACUGUGAGGCCCUAAGCUUUCCUAAAACAUAAAUAUUUACAUGAGGAGCUGCUUCUGUGGUCAUUUGUAGCAGGUCUCGACAUUUCUACUGAUGAAUACAGGAAACAAGUGAAUUCUUUUGAAGGAUAGAUAUGGUUAGCA